AUGCGUUCCUCGGUGCUCCUGGCUGCCCUGGCCACCGCAGCACCUAUCCUCGCCAACCCCGUGGUCAAGAGAGAUGCCACCACAAAUGGCGGCACCGGCAGCACCUUCAGAGACGACCCCCAAGGCUACAUGUCAGGAUUCAGGGACCCGCGCAUAACAACCUCUGCAGGCAACAAGGCCAUCUGCAUCGAAGGCAUGAUCGACGUCGCAGCCUCGGCGUCCAACUACAAGAUCAACCUCGAGGAACCCACGCGCAAAAGCGACGUGGUUGAACUCGUCGUCGAAGCGUUCCAAACCAACUCGACAGCCAAACAGCAGUACGUCGGUGCGGCGACUCCCAUCAGCGGCACCUACGGGAUCUACUCGCAGCUCUGCUUCCCGCGGUCCACCGACAGCAUCAACUCUACGACGGUCCAAUUCCUCAACCACGGGGCCGGCUUCGACCGCAGCUACUGGAACGUGGCGCCGGGGUACUCGUACGUCGACUUCGCCGCGGCCCAAGGCUACACGACGUUCCUGUUCGACCGUCUCGGCACCGGCCUCUCGGACCACCCUGACCCGCUCCAGGUCGUGCAGUACGGCAUCCAGGUCGAGAUCGCGCACCAGCUGAUCCGGAAGCUUCGCGCGGGCGCCAUCUCCAAGCACGCGUUCACCAGCGUCGUCGCCGUGGGCCACUCGUUCGGCAGCAUCCAGCUCACGGGCAUCACGUCCACGUACCCGCACGACGUCGACGCCUUGGUCCUGACCGGCUUCACCGCCGACCCGUCCGGCAUGCCCUUCGCCUUCGCCGGUUGGAGCCUGACCCCGGCCUCCAUCUCGGAUCCCGUGCUGUUCGGCAACCUGUCCGGCGGCUACACGACCUCGGCGUCCAUCGAGGCCGACCAGUUCUUCUUCUUCCGCGCGCCGAGCUUCGACCAGGCCGUCCUCAACCUCGCCCGCCGCGCCCGCCAGACGCUGGCGGUGGGAGAGCUCCUCGGCAUCCCCGCCCUCGGUGUCUCCUCCAGCUUCACCGGGCCCGUCGACUUCGUCAUCGGAGCCAACGACCUGCCCAACUGUUUCGGCAACUGUGUGCUCCCGUACGACAAGGUCGCCGCCGCCAAGGAGAAGCUGUAUCCCGCCGCGAGCAACGGCUCGGACUCUUACCUCGCGCCCGACACCGGCCACGGCUUGAAUUUCCACUAUACCGCCGAAAAGGCCUAUGAGCAUAUUCACGAUUUCAUCAGGAAGAAUGGAUUCUAG